CAAAGUACGUUUGGCUGGACAGCAGCUAUUCAAUUUGCUGGUUCCAUGUCUAUUAUAUCAGCCUUUUUUAUGAUUAUACUUCGUAUGAGUAUGUCUAAAGGCAAAUUACUAGCUAAAGUUUAAUUUUUUUUUUCUUUUUUGCAUUUCAUUUUUCAUUCCCCACCUUUAAUUAAUUCAUAAUUUAAAUUUUACUGUUUUUCCUUUCUCUUUUUUUUACUACUGUUCAAUUUUUUUGUUAUUUUCUUACUCGAAAGAAAAGUGGAAUAAAUGCAUCGGCAUCAACCACCAGAUGCCUUUUCAAAAACUCUGGAAAGCAAACACCGUUCGUCUUAUAUACAGCAUCUGCAACAUGAAGAAGACGGUGGUGGCUCAACUGUAAACAGGCUUUCGCGUGUUUUCGAACCAGUUGCUCAUCUCGAAAAACCUAAACCAGUACUACCUUCAAAACCUCCUUCUUUGAGACCUAAACGUAUCGAACAAGACGACGCUAUUGACCAGACGCCCAUUGCAUUUAAAGACAUUAGAGCAAGAUUUCAACAAGAAAAUACUAUCCCUAUAAAACAGUCAUCCUAUCGACCACCAAUACCUUUAAAGCCGUCUAAGACAGGGCCACCGACACCAGCGAAGCUAGUAUCUACGGCUAAAACUGGACCGCCUGCUUUACCGGCAAAACCAAAGUUAAAUUUUCGAAAAGAACAGCAAACAGCACAACAAUAUAACCCACAAAGACAAUCAUCGAACUCAUCCUCAUUAUCCGUUGAUACGGCCAAUAAAAGUUUACCCAGCCCACAUAUAGUAACUUCGCCUUCUUCCAUGUUACAUAUUCCUGUCAUGAUCUCUCGUACGACCACCGGUAAUAGCAGUAUAAAGAGCAGUACAUCCACUUCUUCGCAAAAUUCAUCAUCGACAAACUCUAAACGUGGUUGGCACAUUAGUAGCUGGUUCACUAAUCAACAGCAGCAACAGCAGCAAAUAGACCAUGAAAACCUUAAAAAUUCGAUUACACGGCCUAACUCUGGUGAUGAUAUCACUUCACUUUCUCCCCAAGUCACGGGAGGGGCAACAACGAAAAGAUUCAAGGUCAUUCAAGAGCUGUUAGAAACCGAGAGAACUUACAAGAAAGAUAUGCUCUUAUUGAAAGAAAUUUAUUAUGAUCAAGCUACAACUUGCUUUACCAAAUCAAACGUCCGACAUUUAUUCUCAAAUUUAUUGGAUAUCAUUGCAUUUGAAAAGACAUUUGUUGCUGUCUUGGAAAACUCAUGUGAAAAGGACUGUGUCGGUACAGCGUUUAGAGAAUCAAUGAGUUCAAUCGAUAGUAUUUAUAGCGAAUACUGUAAAAGACAUGAAGAUGCUGUGUUGAAAUUGCAGGAAUUGGAAUCUCAAGCGGAAGUUCAGGCAUUUUUAGCUAAAUGUAAAGAGCAGAUUCAGGGUAAAACGACUAGUUGGGAUUUGGGUAGUUUAUUAAUCAAGCCAGUUCAACGUGUUCUCAAAUAUCCUUUGUUAUUACGAGAAAUUCUGGCAUUGACUUCUCCUACUCAUAAUGAUCACGAUGAUCUUUCUGCUGCUGUCAAGGAAAUACAAGAAGUAGCAGAUAACAUCAAUGAAAUAAAAAGAAGAAAGGACAUAGUAGAAAAAAUUGUUGGGGACAAAAAGAAAACCGACAUCAAUCUUGUCCAUGGUAUUAAUAAACGAAUCACCAGAAGAGCUCAGAAAUUCAAACAGGCGACAGGAUUUGCAAUAGAGCCCACUCACGAUUUACUGUUUGAAGCAUUGCAUGUAAAAUUUGAGGAACAGCAAGAAGAUAUACGUCAGUUAGCUAGAGAUGUUCAAGGCUGGGUACGACAUGUUAAAAUUGGAUUCGAUAAUCUUCAACAACUGGCCUGUAGUAUGGAGACUUUGUAUGGUUCGUGGGGAGGAGUAAGAGUGAAAGGCUUGACGAACAUCAAUGACUUCCAUAAAAUGGCUUCAUAUCUAUCCGCAACACUAUCUAGGGAAUUGGACAAUGACGUACGUGGAUUUGUAUAUAGUCGAAUUGAUGAUUGUCUCAAAGUGUUUGAAAACCCUACCCAAGUUAUAAAUAAACGUGCACUGAAAAUGAUUGAUUAUGACCGAGUCCGAGACCUAAAAUCAAAGGGCGAUAUACCAGAUAAAUCAUUACAGGAAUCGGCAGAUGCUUACGUUUCUAUUAAUGCUCAACUCGUGGAUGAACUACCCAAAUUCUUCCAGCUGACCUCGCAAUACUUUGAUAUUCUGACAGGCGGAUUAGCUUUGGUUCAACUAAAAUUCUUUGGAUUAAUGCAGCGUGAAUGGGUCAAGUUGGUGGAGCAGAAUUUAGGUAUGCAAGCAGCAUCCUCUUACGAAGAAAUUGUGACAAAACAUAUGGAUAGAUUCGAUAAAGUGGAGGAUAUUACAAGCAACAUUAGUAUCAUUCACAAACAAAGAUAUACAAAUAGUCUGAUAAGUACAUCAUCGACAGCGUCACUACCAAUAAGACAGCGAUCUCAAGAUGUGUACUCUCAAAGAUCUAUCGCUGACAGUGACACAUAUACAAAUUCAUCAUUUAUUAGUAAUGUUUUUCCACCCUCCCCACAAGCGACCAAGAUAGAGGAUUUGAUUGAUCUAGAGCAGGAUGGUCCAGUUUUGACGUCCAAAGAUUUUGAGUGUGUUGUACUUUAUGAUUUCGGAACGCACGAGGAAGAGCGAUUAGAUGUUAAGAAAGGGACGAUACUUAGAAUCAGUCAAGAUGAAGAUUACAUUGAUCAAAAUUGGUGGUUUGGCACAACAAUUGACGAUCAUCGUUCUGGAUGGAUACCAAUCAACUAUUGCAAAAGACUCUAACACAACGCCAUCCCUUGAAAAAAAAAUGUAUAAUAAUAUCCUAAUACCUUUAUAAUUUGUAAAUAUAAUAAAUAUAAUAAUCCUAAAUACGACUAAACAACCAUGACUAAAGUUAAAGAAACCACCAAACUUAAAGCCAUAAAAAGUAUAGUAAAUGACGUAAAAGAUUGCGUAAAAUAUUAUGCAUGUUAAAAUCAAAUCAUGUUA